AUGUGGGAAACUGUUAACCAACAGUUCUCGUCAAACUCCUGCGUUGAUGUGAUGUACAUAGAAUUAUCUGUUACAAUCCUGUAGUUUUGUGUCAUGGGUAUUGAACUGUUAGGCAAAACCACCGUAUUGAAUUAUAGAAUGGAUACCAGUGCACAGACUCCAGAACAAUCAGCUUUACAGUUCAUGAAAAAGUGCAAUUAUUUUACACCACAAACAGAAUCUCAUUGUUUAAAGCGACAGGCCAAUACGGACGUUCAGCUUCCCCUGAUACCACCACCGUCUUUAAUGCUGCAUCGACAAUCUCUCUUACCGAAUGGACCUUACCCCCUACUGAUGCCACUGAAAUGUUUUAAAAGAAAACAACGAUCCGAGAAAAAUCCUAUUCCAAAUGAACGGAAGGACGAAAAGUACUACGAGAAACGGAAACGGAACAACGAAGCAGCGAAAAAGUCUCGCGACGCGCGAAAGUUACGGGAGGACCGAAUUGCACUAAAAGCCACAUUGCUGGAGCGAGAAAAUGCCAUCUUGCGAUCUCAAGUUUUUGCUCUUCAGGAAGAAGUUUACGCGUUAGCACAAGUGCUCUGUUUAAAAAAUGUUUCACAAAACUCGUCACAGUAAGGACAUGUAGCUAAUACGAAGAUUAAUUACUCUGGCCACAAUCGACGGGAAUCUCACGCUACAAUACUCGGGGCUGAUCAAUUAUGUAUACACGUGUUGUAUCUUUAUUUCAAUAAAAGUUGAUGAAGAUA